GUCUGUGCUCAACACCCGCCCUCUCUUUGAUCAAGUGCAGAGUCAACUUUCUUCCUCUUCCUCCCUCCGUCCCCCCGCCAUCCAUCCCACCCCCCGCGCUCAGUUCUCAGUGUAUCCGGGAUUGCUGCUCCGGGUGCCUGCUGCUUCUCUUUCUCGCGCCGCUCUUUUUGCUUCCUCCUUGCUUGCCCCCCCCGAGGAUUUUCUCUUUCUUAGGCAAAGCUUGGAGCUCUGUCUUCCCCAAACCCACCAGCCCCCGCUCCCCCCUCCUCUUCUCGAUUCUCCCCUUCCCUCCGGGCUCUCUCAAUGCUGGCGGAAGAUUUUUGCCUUGAAACAUGAAGGUCCUUAGCUGGCUACGUCUGGUCCUCAGUCAGUGGCUCUUGCAAAAGGUUGUGUGUGUGGAGGGCCAUGUAACCAAAACCCUGAAUUACCUGGAGAUGGCUCCCUCAAGUGUCUUGAAGACUGGGCCAUAUGGCACUGCUUUGAAGCCUCACUCGCUCAACCCUGCUCGGAUAUUUUCCAGUGAGCCAUCCAAAGCCAAGUUGGACCCAUAUGGCGGUGCCCUGAGUCCAUGGGACUGGAGCAAGAACCAGACAGCGAUGGAGCACUUCAACCAGCGAGCCAAGAGGAAGCCCUCAAUGAAGGCAGGCCGAACCAAGAAGAUAUUUGGCUGGGGUGACUUCUAUUUCAACAUCAAGACCCUGAAGUUUAGCCUGCUGGUGACAGGCAAGAUCGUAGAUCACAUCAAUGGCACCUUCAGUGUCUACUUCCGGCAUAACUCCUCCAGUCUGGGCAAUGUCUCGGUGAGCAUCGUGCCACCCACGAAGGUGGUGGAGUUUGAUGUCUUGGUUCCCCCUAUCCAAGCCCAGCAUCUCCACCCCCAGCAGUCCACCCUAGCGGAGCCCAAGGAAUCCAAGACCUUCAACUGCCACGUGGAAUAUGAGAAGACCAACCGGGCACGCAAGAACAAGCCUUGCCUCUAUGACCCCUCCAAGAUCUGCUUCACUGAGCAUACGCAGAGCCACGCUGCUUGGCUGUGUGCCAAACCUUUCAAGGUCAUCUGCAUCUUCAUCUCCUUCUUCAGCAUCGACUACAAGCUGGUUCAGAAGGUCUGUCCCGAUUACAACUUCCAGAAUGAGAAUCCUUACUUUGGCUGAUGAAGGGAUGGAUGUUUGAGGGAUGGGGACAGGGGGUUUGAGUUGCAGUUUUUAUCAGUGUGAGAGUUGGAAGAACUUUGGCUGACGGCGAAAAAGAGAGAGAGACGAGACCCGCAUUCCGUGGGGGGAGAGUUGGCUGGUUCUGAAAUUAACUGGAUGCUGCUCCCUCAGAUAGACGUUCCCCUCCCAGUGGCCAAUGAACUUCCCACGACGUUAAGAAGAUGGAGAUUGGCCAAAGGGACACUCUUGCUUUUGCACUUCAUCUGUCCUCUUUUCUGAUGCUCUUCGGGGUGUCUCAUGGGAGUUCCCAGCAAUAUUAAGAAAUGGCUUGCUGUGGCUGUAUCCCUUUUGUCCAUAAAUGAACCCUGCUGCUUCUGUGGGGUUGCCACACUGACUACAAGAUCACUUCCCUCAGGAUUGUGCCUCCCAUAUAGAAUGUAGGAGUUUUGGCAGAAGCCAAAAAAAGUGUCUCCCUUGAGCCACAGAUUGGCCAGUUGAGUUAAUGAAGGUGGACAGACCUGACUAGGGAUGUAGAAAUGGUGCGUUAACACAGUGUGCCACUCGCCUCUUGCCAGAUGCUUCAGAACAGAAAGAACCAAUGGAGUCUAGGGUGGAUGGCAUAGAGGAACGGCCAGCCACACAAACUGCCCUGUUGAAUAGUAGAGUGUGGAAGGGAAUAGGUCUCAUGAACUUGGGGGUGGCAGGGGGAUGUAUGUUGGCUGGAGUGUGAAUAGUGUGAAUAGGAGAGUUAGGGUUUGUGAGUGAGACUGUGUCCCAAGAGGUUUUCAUGGAAGUGGCAGAAAAAAUGGGAAGUGCCUAAGAACACAUUGACUCAGCCAGGACUGUAACAUUUCCCAUUGUGCGUGAAAGUAGAACAGCAGAAGCAUGGGUGAGUGUUAAUAGAAAUCCAGGUGAGCAUGUAAGGACAGUGAGAGAGACUGACAUUUCACAGAAAUAUGCAAUGUGUUGCACAGCUUAGGAGGUGUGUGUAUAUAUUCUUGCAAGAAUGGGCAGAGCAUUGUGUGUGCUGGCUUCAUUAAUGAUGUAUGUAUCUGCAAGAACACUUAUAUGAGUAUGGAACCAGGAAUGUGUAUGUGUGUUAGCGACAAUCAUAAAGUGUGGGCUCACUUUAA